AUGGCCGGCCCUUCAUUCUGCAGACCCAUCCCCGAAGCCAUCCACUCUAUGAACUUGGAAUUAGACUGUCCCAACGGCGGACACUUUUACGUCUGCCAGGGCAACACGACACAGUUUCUAGGCUGCUGCACUGAGGACCCCUGCGCCGACGGGACGGGCGACUGUCCGCAGGCCGCGCUCCGCAACGCGAGCUACAGCUCAGCGGACUACGACUCCAUCCCAGAGCAGGCCUGCGUGGCAUCGAGCCUCUGGUACACAUGUGCCGCCACGAACCCGCCCUUCAUGGGCUGCUGCGAAGCCAACCCGUGCCAGGACGGGGGCUGCUUCGGCGCGAACCUCACUGCCGCCAGGUUGUCGGAUAAUGUCACCGACGCGAGCCCUUUCAUGACCUCUGAGGCCAGCUCGGGCGGCUCGAGAUCUGCGCUGUCGACUGGUGCUAUCGUUGGGAUUGCGGUUGGAAGUGCGCUGGCUGCUUUGGGCAUUGGGAUUGUACUCUUUAUGCUCUACCAGCGACCAUGGGACUCCAAGUCAAACGUGGCCCGUCGGGACGCCUACGUUGUAUACGCAGAGUCCAUAUCAAGGCUUCCCUAA